UGAGUGAACCUUCAGUGAACCUUCUGCUUCCCUUCGAUGGGACAUCUUCACGGUAUCCUACAGCAGGAUUCUACCCUGUAUUGACUUCAUUUCUUCCCAUUCUAGUGUAGAUAUAGUCCAUUCUCUGGACAAACCUAUCCCUUGGAAGUCAAAGGGGGGAAAAUAUGCGUCGGAGCCAGAGGGUCCAUUCAAUCGACUGUUCUAACAGUGCAGAGAAUGAGAGUGACCUAAACCCAACUUCAUUGACCAGAUCUAGAAGACAGAAUAUAAAAGUUUUUAAUAAGAAGAAGAAGAAGGAGGAGGAGGAGGAGGAGUUGGAGGAUUUGGAGGAGGAGGAGGAGGAGGAGGAGGAAGCAUAUGAUCUAAAUUUUCAUGAGAGGUAUGGGAAGCCUAUGCAAAAGCUUGGAGAUGGAAUAAGGCUUCAAACACGUGGGAAACACCAACUAGGACCAUCUCAUCAGAUAACUCCCUCGGUGUCUGAAAACUUUAACCUGGAAGAGAAUCAUAGUGACUCCUACUUGAUCAACAGAACCAGUGAACGCAGUGCCACUCAAGAUGUUGCACCCCAAUUGGUCACCACUGUCAUCUUUCCCUCUUGCAGAAGCUUGCUAAGCUGGCUGAUUCAGAUGAUCUACUUUUUCUACACCCUGAGAUACACGGUCUUUAAAGCUCAGCUCUGCCCCAAGUACACUGGGUGGACCCAGACAGGGAAAGCAUCACUUAAGAUAUUGAUUCAUAAAUUGGUGGAGAAGCUGGCCAUUCUGUUCAUCUGUGUGUUUGUCUUCUGGUGCAUCAUUAUGUGCUUGCCAACCAAACUGAACACAGGGCGAACGAGCGUGAGGCCUUCAGGUGAGGUCAAAAAGUCUACUUCUUCACUCAAGGACCUGAGGCUUUACCAAGAGAAGGUGAGGAAACAUACAGAAGAAAUCGAGGCCCUGCAAAGUCUCAUGGAAGAACUUUCAGCCAAAGUCCAAGAAGUGAAAGUCAUGUCUAAUGAGGACUUAGUGGCACAGAACAUAAUGAAGAAGAUACAAGGAGACUACAUUGAAAAGCCUGAUUUUGCCUUGAAAUCCAUUGGAGGGACCAUUGACUUUGACCGCACAUCUGCUACCUACAGUUAUGACAAAGCUAGAUCCUAUUGGAGCUGGUUCCGACUAUGGAACUAUGCACACUCCCCUGAAGUCAUCCUGGAGCCCAACAUGACUCCUGGCAACUGCUGGGCGUUCAGUGGAGACCGCGGGCAAGUCGUCAUCCGCCUGGCCAGAAAGAUCUUCCUCACCAAUGUUACAAUUCAGCACAUCCCGAAAACGAUUUCCCUGUCAGGCUCCUUGGACACAGCCCCCAAGGACUUUGUCGUAUAUGGCAUCAACGAUAAAAUCAAAGAAGAGACAUUCCUGGGGGCUUUUUUGUUUCAACCUGAAAACUCCAUUCAGAUGUUUCCACUCCAGAAUUCGCUCUGCAAAUCCUUCAACUACAUCAAACUGAAGAUACUCACCAAUUGGGGAAACCCUCAUUUCACCUGCCUAUACCGAGUUCGAGCUCAUGGCACGAUAAGUCGGCCGGCGCAUGACCACUAUCCACAAGGCUAGCCCCUACCUUCACAGAGAAAUUAAAGUUUGUUUCUCCACUAUA